GUGAGAUCCUCGUCUGAAGCUUUUUUGGAUUUUUCAGUAUUUCAUGUAUAGAAUUCCAUAAUUUUAUUACCUUUAUAUUAGAAUGUUAUUAUUGUAGUUGUUUUUUUUCUUAUCUUUACCACUGAUUUAUCGAAUAUUUUAAAGUUAGUGAUAUGGCUGAUACUGCUGUAGAAACAGCCCCCGGUGAUGAAAAUGAUGAUAGUUGGCUUUACGGGGAUUCAGCUAAUGAGCAGAUUGAAAACCAAGAUGCCGAAAUCAGUGAUAAACAGCAACAUAUAGAGUCAGAGGAGGCUGAGGAUAAAGAACAAGAUGAUAACGAGCCAAGCAAUGAUGAUUCACAUUUCAACGACGAACAUUUUGCAGACGUGGCACGAGAUGACCAAGACCAGGCCAAUGGAGAUGCAGACAGUCAAGAUAAUGCGGACUCGGAUUCGGAUGAUAGUGACGACGUGAAAGUCACUAUCGGUGAAAUAAAAUCAGGACCUCAAGGCUAUGGUAGCUUGAACAUAAAGGCGAGUGUUGGUCUAGUAGCAGCAGGUGCUGAGAAACCUAGACCUGGUGUUACAGCUGGUGGCAAAGUCACAUUAGAAGACCUGGAAGGUUCAGGUAGCAUCAAUGGAGUGCCAGCACUUGAGUUCAACAUUGACACCAUUGAAGACAAACCAUGGAAUAAACCAGGAGCAGAUAUUUCAGAUUAUUUCAAUUACGGUUUUAACGAGGUGACUUGGAGUGCGUACUGCGAGCGUCAGAGGCGUAUGCGCGUGUCGGAGGCGGGCGUGGGCAUGCACGUCGGGCCUCCGCCGCGCGCGCCGGCGCCAGACAUGCGCCGCCCUCCGGGUAAUCUAUACCUAUAUUAUACACAGGAAACAUUUGAUUGUUCGUUUGUAUGCGUAUAAACAUUUGAGAUUUAAAUAUUUAUUUAAUUGACAACACACGUCACUUUUAAAGUUCACAUGGAAAAAGGUGUAGAAUGCUAGACAUAAAAUUGGGUUAAAGAUUUAAAAACAUGAAACACUUAUCCUUAAUUUAAAUAUUAUAAGUAAAACAAAUAAAAAAAAAUCGAAAUUAAAACAAUGAACAUGUUACCAAUUUAAAACAUCUUUUACAGAUUAACAAAAUUUACAUAAAUUAUAUGAAUUAUUACUAUAUCACUAGAAUUUAAAGUUUAGAGUAAAGAGUGUUUGUUAUAGUAUGAAAUAUUACACAUAAGUGUGAUUUAAAAUACCAAAGCCAAAAAAUUUCACUUUAACAAUAAAAUUCACUUUUGUAAUUAAUUUCAAUAAUUGGGUGACUACUAGUUAUAAUAAAAACAAUUAUAAUGAGGAAGUGUUAAAAAAUAAACAUUAGUUCCCGAAAUCCAACUAGAUGUCGCUACGGUACUUUCUUGAUUCUCCAUGACAACCCUUCUGGUUUUCUUUCAUGUAUAAAAGUAAAUUAAUUUUCAAAACUCAAUAAACAACUCGUAUUCUAUUUGUAUUGAUAUCUAAGUUUCAAACUUUGCAAUUUUCCAUUUUUUAAUAU